GAAGCAGUAAGAACUGAAAAGCGGCCGGCGAUGCUGCCUUGCCCAAAAGGUUGCGAGAAAUCAGCAGCAGCAUGGCAUCUGUGGAGUCUCGGAACGUGGAUCUUCUCUGCUCUGCUGGCUGCUGUGAUGAUUGCCCUCACAAUCAACAAGGACAGAUUGGAUCGACAGUAUGCUACCGAUGCAAUCAUCAAGCGAAUUGCGCAGGAACGCGAAAGUGCUUCCAGUCCGAGUAGCCCGCUGUCGAGUGGACAGGUGUUCCUGAGGCAUCGCGUCACUUCGAGACGUUGUGCCAGUUUUAUCAAACAGCGCGCCUGUUUCGGCGAGAGCACCAAUCCAGCCAGUAAACUU